GUCUCUGUUCUUCCUCCAACUUGCUAAGAAUGGUGGACGAAGUCAGCCUCGCGGUUGUAGGUUAAACAGAGCGACGCCAAAAGCUAUACGCAAGUUCCAGAGGUCGUCCAGAAAUACACGGGAGAUAGUGGCCUGCGAUUCUCAGACGACGCCAUCACUGGAAUGCUGGACACUGAAUCCCCUGCCAUGGAGAGCAACGGGGAUGCCUUUCUUCCUGACCUUCCUGUCCUAGGUCAACCGGCUGACUGGUCCCUGGACCAAGUUGCCCCAGAGCCCUUGUCCAACAUCUUGCCCGAGGAUUCAGAUACAUCUCAGGAUGCUUCAGCGGUUGAGCAGCAACCCAACCAGCAAACAAAUUCCACGGACCUUGGAUCUGUGGAAAAAGCUGUGGAACAGUUUCAGCUAGCCAGCGCUCAGCUCUUCCAAGAGGAUCAGCAGCCACAGCCACCGCCACCGCCGCCUCCUCCACCACAGCCCGCAGAAGAGCCAGAACAAGCCACAGAGCCUGUUGAGCCUCCGCAGCAAAGCCAGGACAUGAACAUAGAGCAAGAUGCUGACAGUCAAGAUGACACUCAACCACAGAACACAGAGGAUGGCAUGGAGCUGGAAGAACCUGCCAAAGACUCAACAGAAGAAGCAAUUGCUCCUCCACUGCCUGAGGUGCCCUCAGAAUUUGAAAGACUCUACAAAGGAUGUAUGGAGAAUCCAGAUGACUUUAAUGGAUGGGUCUACCUCCUGCAGUAUGUGGAGCAAGAGAAUGUCCUUAUUGCCGUGAGACAGGCAUUUGACGUCUUCUUCCUACGCUAUCCAUAUUGCUACGGCUACUGGAAGAAGUAUGCGGACAUUGAGAAAAAGCAUGGUCACAUCCAGGUGGCAGAAGAGGUGUACAGAAGAGGCUUGCAGGCCAUCCCUCUCAGCGUGGACCUCUGGCUGCAUUAUCUAGCUUUCAUCAAAGAGAAUUCAGAUAUGACUGACCCAGAAACUGAGGGACGCAUUAGAGCUACUUACGAACACGCAGUGCUUGGAGCUGGUACGGAUUUCCGCUCUGACCGACUGUGGGAGUCUUACGUAAACUGGGAGACGGAGCAGCAAAAGCUAGCCAAUGUGACAGCCGUCUACGACCGCAUCCUGGGCAUCCCAACCCAACUGUACUCUCAGCACUUCCAGAGGUUCAAAGAUCAUGUGCAGACCAACAACCCCAAGCACUUCCUGUCAGAGGAGGAGUUUGUUCAGCUGAGACGGGAGCUCUCCAAGGCCAGCCUGGCAGCAAUGGGCGGUGAAGAGGCAGAAAAACGCGUUGAGGAGGAGCUCCCCCCUGGCACAGAGGAUCUCGCAGACCCUGCCAAGAGAGUGACAGAGAUCGAGAACAUGCGCCACAAGGUGAUCGAGAUACGGCAGGAAGUGUUCAACCAGAACGAGCACGAAGUCAGCAAGCGUUGGGCCUUUGAAGAAGGGAUUAAACGACCGUACUUCCAUGUCAAAGCCUUGGAGAAGACACAGCUGAACAACUGGAGGGAGUACCUGGACUUUGAAAUUGAGAAUGGGACUCCGGAGCGCGCGGUCGUUCUAUUCGAACGAUGCCUCAUCGCUUGUGCUCUCUACGAGGAGUUCUGGACCAAGUAUGCAAAAUAUCUAGAGGGCUACAGCACUGAACAUGUGAGACAUGUCUACAAGAAGGCGUGUACCUCUCACCUGCCCAAGAAACCCACCAUCCACCUGCUGUGGGCCGCUUUUGAGGAGCAGCAAGGCAACGUUGAUGAGGCUCGUGCGAUCCUGAAGUCCCUGGAUGACACCGUACCCGGCUUGGCCGUGGUGCGUCUUCGAAGGGUCAGUCUGGAGCGUCGCCACGGCAACCUGGAGGAAGCGGAGAGGCUGUUGAGGGACGCGAUGGAGACGGGCAAGACUUCAUCAGAGACGUCGUUCUACGCUGUGAAGCUGGCCAGGCAGAUGAUGAAGAUGCAGAGAAGCCUGAGCAAAGCCCGGAAGGUGCUGCUGGACGCCAUUGAAAAAGACCAGACAAGUCCAAAGCUGUAUCUAAACCUACUGGAGCUGGAGUACAGCGGCGAUGUGGCUCAGAAUGAGGCCGAGAUCUUGGCUUGUUUUGACCGAGCCCUCAAGAGUCCCAUGCCGGUCGAGUCCCGCCUCCUUUUCUCCCAGCGCAAGGUGGAAUUCCUGGAGGACUUUGGCAGCGACAUCAAUGUACUUAUUGCUGCGCACGAUGAGCAACAGAAGCUGCAGAAAGAAUGUGACUCUACGAAGAGAAAGGCCGAGAACGGCUAUGACAGCUCUCAGGAGCCUGACUUGAAGAGACAGCGUGUGGACGACGGUUCUGCUGCUGCGGUGAACUCCAUGGCGGACAUGACGGCGAACAACUCGGCUUACAACUACAACUGGUACCAGCAGCAAUACGGUGGCUGGGGACAAAACUCGUGGGGCCAGUACAACCAAUACGCCCAGUAUAACCAGUACUACCCACCUCCUCCUACAUGAUGGAAGAUGCUCGGCACCCAUCAUCCCCAAUGAUCUGAAUAGGGGCUUGUUUUGACAAGAUUACAUGGAUUCAAGUCUACCACUGACUUUUUAUUUUCCUAUUUUCCAGCCCUUCUUUCUGACAUACAGAGUGCUAAUUGGCUAAAUGACACACUGUUGCCCUAGUUUGGAGAUAUAUUUGAUCCUCUGUCACAAUUGUAUUGAUCAGUCACACUGAAACACAUGCCCCUUGGCUCUGGCUUCUAUCUCGGGUUCAUCAGUGCAUGUCCUUUUGUGAAGGCAAAUUUUUUUUUUUUCCUGUUUGACAGAGGGCUUUUCAUUUUUAGAUCAGAUGACUGAGCUUGGUCUCUUUCUUUGUGGUAAAGAUUUAAGCUUGUUCAUGGAGGCGUUCAUGGAUGUAUCUGGGCUGUUUCCUCUCAAAAAGUAAAGAUUUUUAAUAAGUCGUGGUCAUGUUUCCAUGAAAAGUAAUGAAGAGUUCCUUGUUUUUUAUUUUGACUUGAUUUCAUAAUAAAGAGAUUGAUAUCCUGA